ACCGCAUACACAGUGGUGCAGUUUACAAGUGCGAAUUUUGUGGUCACAUUGUAUUUAUUUAUUUUUUUUUUUGUUUGUAAGUGCUGAUGCAUGGAAAAAUGGGUGAGAAGAAAAACUCCGUUCAAGGACACCAGGAUAAAAUUUAUUUCACUCCAACAUUCGAGUCCCAAGAAGUCUUGACACAUAAAGACAAGGAUAAUGCGAUACAUUUAAAGGAAUUUAAAACAACCACAGAUCAAAUUUGCGAUUAUGAUCCUUAUGAUUUUAAAACAGUUAGUCAUCCCACAACAAAUGUGGAGACAUUAUUACAUAUGCUUAAGGGCAGUUUGGGAAUUGGCAUAUUGGCGAUGCCAAUGGCCUUUCUACAUUCGGGAUGGCUCUUGGGAAUCAUAGCCACUGCAAUCAUAGGAGUAAUUUCUACAUAUUGUAUACAUUUAUUAUUAAAUGCAGAGUACACACUUUGUAAAAGACAGAAAGUUCCUAAUCUAACAUAUCCACUGACGGCGAAGUUCGCCUUGAUGGAUGGACCACCGGUCUUCCAAAAACUGGCUCAUUUUGCAGGGCUUACUGUAAAUGUAUUCCUAUUGGUAAACCAAUUGGGUGCCUGUUGUGCCUACACUGUGUUCAUAGCAGCCAACAUUAAAGCAGUAUGUGAUGCCUACUUUACGGAAUUGGAUGAGAGAAUAUAUAUGUUAAUAUUCUUAUUACCACUAAUACUCGUGAACUCUCUAAGGAAUUUAAAAUAUUUAGCACCAGUUAUGACCGUUGCCAAUGUUAUGACAUUUGCUAGUUUCGGAAUCAUAUUGUAUUACUUGAUUAUAGAAGAUAUGGAUUUAUCUCAAAGGAAGGCUGUCGGAAAGGUUGCUGAUUUUCCACUUUACUUUGGAACAGUAUUAUUUGCAUUGGAAGUUGUUGGAGUGAUAAUGCCAAUUAAGAAUGAAAUGAAGACGCCAAAAUACUUCGGAGGCUGGUGCGGGGUACUAAAUAUCUCUAUGAGCACCGUAGUAACCAUAUUCAUACUUCUGGGAUUCUUCGGUUACCUCGCUUACGGUGACCGUACUCUAGGAUCCAUUACACUCAACAUUGGCCAAAAUUACGAGGAUGAAAAAAUGAGAAUACCAGCCGAUGCGGCAAAAGUAAUGUUGUCAUUGGCAAUAUUCUUUACGCACGCCCUCCAAAUGUACGUGGCUCUCGACAUCACCUGGACGCAGUAUUUGGCCGCCAAAUUCCAGAACAGUUCUUUUCAAACAUAUUACGAAUACGUGGUCAGAGUCUGUAUGGUUUUACUCACUUUUACCCUGGCUGUUGCGAUACCCGAACUGGAUUUAUUCAUUUCCUUAUUCGGAUCUUUGUGCCUGUCCUCAUUGGGAAUAACUUUUCCCGCUAUCAUCGACUUAUGUAUAAACUGGGACGGUCUCCAUGGAACGAAGGGCAAGAUUCUCAUAGGGAAAAAUAUAUUCCUUAUAAUUUUUGCAGUGUUCGGUUUGAUUAUUGGCACGUAUACCAGUAUAGACAAAAUUAUUGAACGAUUCACGGAGUAAAUCUUAACCUUCACAGAAAUGUCACAAAGAACAAUGUCAUUUUACUUAUAGUGGUAGUAUAUUAUUUAUUAUCUUUGAAUAACUUGUGAGAUAAGCAAAUUGUGCUGAAUGAUAAUGUCUUGUUACAAUUGCAAAUAUAACUAUAAUAAGAACCAUAUUGGUUCUAACAGUAACAGUUAUUUUCUUCUUAUUUGUAACAUACAUAUUUAUUUCAAAUAUAUAAUUGAAAAUGUAAUGUACUUUAUAUAUUGAUUAUUUUUCACAAGAGUCAACUGUAAAUAAUAAUAUAAUUAUCGGUGUG